GCCUCCCCCCGCCGCCGCCCCCGCCCGGAUCCAGCAGGUCCCCCCUCCCCCGGUGUCCCGGGAGCCGCAGCGCCGGCAGGAUGGACGAAUACAAGGGCCUCUCGGACACCGAGCUCAUCUCCAUGCUCAAGCAGUACAACAUCCCCCACGGGCCCAUCGUCGGGUCAACUCGGAAGCUGUAUGAAAAGAAGAUUUACGAGUAUGAGACCCAGAGGACCAAGCUUUCCCCGCAGAAAACCUCCUCCUCCUCAUACUCUUACAGAUACUCAGACCCUGACUCCAGGAAGACCUACAGCCUACCCCAGAGAGAGGAGGGCAGCCGGCACCGAGCCGCCUUCGAGGACGAUGAUCUGGACUCCGGAUCCUAUGACUUCCCCCGGAGAGAAGAGCGCCCGGCCUACCGGGACAAUGACUAUGACGAUUACUAUGAGGAGAGUUACUCCACCACCAAGACCUACGGGGAGCCAGAGGUGGCAUUGUCGUCGUCCAGGAGCUACGGAGAGCCGCUGGUGGCCAGGACCUUCAGCGAGACUGCCACGGCCAGGAGCUACAGCGAGCCGGAGGAAGAGCCCACGGUCCGCCAGCGGGUGAGAGAUGAUAUCCUCUUCUCUCCAACCCGGGAGGAGAACAAGGACAGGGACCGGUCAUACUAUCCCCGGAGCAACGCCUACCAGAGCGUCUCCCACUACCGGCCCCCGGGCGCCGCUGCGGCCGCCUUCUCCUCCUCCAGCCCACUGGGCCCCUCGGCCUACUCCGCCUACUCGGCCUCCUCAUCCUCCUCCUCCGCCUCCUCAUCCUUGGCGGGAGCCCCGUCCUCGCUGCACGUGGAGGCCCGCAGGGCCAUCCGGCCGGAGAGACAGGGCGGGACCGAGGGCGAGCUCGGAGGCCGGCGCUUCGUGCCCCUCUGGCUGCAGCUCCUCCUCUUCCUCGUCUUCGCCGCGUUCCUGGCUUUCAUGUAUUACUUUGUGCAGGCCGAGGAUGACAACCCUUUCCGGGUCCAGCACUGAGCCCUCCCCACCAUCCUCCCACCCGUUCUCCCGAUGGGGGGGCGGGGGCAGCCCUGAGAGGGCCGGAGGGUGGGAAGAGGGCCCACGUCCUGCCUUAAAGGCCGGGGAGCGGGGCUAGGGAGGGAAGAUUUUCUUCGGGCCACAGAGGCCUGUUUGUUUUUGUAGGACCUACACCAAGUGCCAUCUUGCUUUGCUGCCUUCCAACUGUUUGCGGCCAGUUCAGGGGUUGGGUUAGUUGGUUCCUUCUUUUCUAUUCUGGGGGAGGGAGUCAGGUACGGGACAGCUGCCCUCCCCAUCUCUUCCCUCUCCCUCGGCCCUCCAACCUACGUUGGGUAGGGAGGUGGUCACUCCACUGCCACUGCCCCUCGGGGUAGGCUACUGCCUUAGCUCCUCAGGAAAGGGGUCAACACUACAUUGUGCCAUGAUGCUUGGCUUUCGUCUGGGGGUGUCAGCCCAGAGCUCUGGGUUUUGGGUUUUCUGGCCUCAGAGUUGUGAGCCCUAGCCACUCCAUGCUAGGCGGCAUCGGGGCCCCCUCCCUUCCACCCCCUCACUGGCCCUCGGGAGCCCGGUCCCACCCUGCCCACCCUUCAGGUGGAAAGUUGGCAGGCCCAGCUGUGGUUCCAGCAGGGCAGGGGCACUUUAGUGCUCCACCAUUCUUUGUUCACUCCCCCGGGGCCAUCUUGGAGAGGGAACAGUGAUGGGGCUGAUCAGUUCCGCCCCUCCACUAGCCUCUCCUGAGUGGUCUUGGAGGAGGGUGGAGAGUCUUGUGCUCCUGGGUAUUUCUGGGCAUUCUCGACCUUGGUGCUUCCCCUAGCUGGGGCAGGGAGGAGGACAAUGUGUAGGUUCCCCAGGCACUGUUUUUUGUGCCUCAAGUGCUGACCCAAGGAGAGCAGGCAGGGGCAGAGUGUGUGUGUUUCCAGUGGUGGUGGUUGUGGUGGUGGGGGGUACUCUGCCUCUGCCCCAAGGGAGGUGAUGGGCUAAGGGAGGCCAGUUUUAAUGGAUUUGGGGGGAAUGGGAAGGGAAGGACCCCAAACUUGUAUUCUCUCACCCCUCAAUAAAAUGUCUGUUUAUUUUUAA